CAGCGCACUCUGCGGUCUAUGGCCGAAAUUCACCACUUUCGACGAGUUCGUGGAAACCCUUCAGAGUGUUGCAUUUGACACGUUUCGUGUCAUGUUUAUGAAAUCCACGUGAAAAUGUGUGGUAUUUUCUGCCUCUUCCCACGCUCGAAUCCUUCAGUGAAUUGCCCAGGAAACUUUGGAGACAUCUACGAAGAGCAUUUUCGAGAUACUCUAAACCGGCGAGGACCAGACUAUGCGAAAUCUUACACUUUUCAAGGAAUAUUCUUCGCAGCUCAUGUUCUGUGGCAUCAAGGAGGGGAUCUAUGUCCUCAACCUAUUGAGGACGAACAUGGAAUACUUAUUUUCAACGGGGAUCUCUUUAUGGAUGAGAUAACAGUGGCGAAAAGUGACACUUCUUGGCUUUUGGAUGCCUUGUCGAGGUGUUCGAGUUCGGAGGACGUGAAAAAUCUUCUGAGAAUUCUGACUGGACCUUUCUGCUUUGUAUACUACCAGAAAUCCAGCAGAUCUUUGCUCUUCUGUCGAGAUAUUCUGGGACGAAAUUCACUACUCAUAGGAGUAAAGGAAGACAGUGUCGUUCUUACCAGUGCAGGAGAGAAAUCUUCAGAAUACAAUUUAAUAGAGGUUCCUCCUCUUGGCCUCUACGAAAUUCUUUGGGACGCUGGUGAAAUGAAAAUCAGUUUUUGGGAUGAAAUGAUAAGUUGUACAAAUUACUUUCUCACUGAAGAAGCUUUCCUGAAAAGCCAUAUCGAAUCUAAAGGGAUGAAAUACUCAAGCACUAAAGAUUUUAUUAAUCCUGUCUGGCUAGAGAAGCAUUCCAUGGAAUUUGAUUAUUCAUUCAAAGUGAUUUUCGAGGGAAUCAGUAAAGAACCUCCUGAUCAAUUGCUUCAAAGAGGUCAAUCCUUAAUAUUUCCUGUAAUAAAGAAGCUAAUAGGAUUGCUCGAAACCUCUGUUAGAGAUAGAGUGACGACAACGGUGAAGAGAUGCAAGAAUUGUCUGAGAAAUUCGGACGCUUCACAUUGCAAUCAUGCAAAAGUUGGAAUUCUCUUCUCAGGAGGAAUUGAUUGUUCAAUUCUUGCCAUUUUAGCAGAUAAAUUCAUCCCAAGAGACACUGGAAUAGAUCUGCUGAACGUGGCUUUCGAGAAAAACACCCCGAAAGGGAAGGAAAUCGACUGGAAUGUUCCAGAUAGACAGUCAGCCAAGGAAGCCCUAGAAGAGCUUAAGCGUGUCUGCCCAGAAAGGACAUGGAAUCUUAUUGAAGUAAAUGUAGCGAAAGAGGAAAAGACUGAAUGCCUGACCAAGAAUGUUUGCCACUUGAUCUAUCCCCGAAAUACCAUUUUGGACGAGUCUUUGGGAGUGGCUCUCUGGUUCGCUGCACGCGCAGAGGACAAUUCAACGUGCAGAGUUCUCCUCAUUGGAUCAGGAGCUGAUGAACUCUUCGGCGGCUACACUCGCCACCGAGUGGCUUUUGAUCGUGGUGGUGAAGAGUCGCUGAAGCAGGAGUUGGAGAAUGAUUGGGCUCGUCUGCCCAGUCGCAAUCUGGCCAGAGAUGACAGAGUAAUUUGCGAUCAUGGCGUCACUCAAAGAUCUCCAUUUAUUGAGGAGCGCCUUGUGAGUUUUCUGCUGCACUUGCAACCACUGCAAAAGUGUUUUCCGCCUCUUGGACCUGGAGUUGGCGACAAGACGCUCCUCAGGAUCUGUGGAUACCACUUGGGACUCAGGAAGACAGCCUGGAGAGGCAAGAAAGCCCUUCAGUUCGGCUCCAGAGUGGCCAAUAGCCAGCAAAAUGCAAAUGAUAUCUCUCAGUUUCUCACCUGAUAUGCCUGAAAUGAUAAAACGUGCAAGUAUUGGCUUAGAAACUUUCUCAGAAAU